AAAGGAUUUACCUGAAGACAAAGCAGUCUAUUCAUCAGAGACUGGACAAGAGUUACUCUUGCUUUUGGCAAUUAAAGAUGAUGUUGUCAUGGAAACAGCUGAUCCUGCUUUCAUUCAUUGGCUGCCUAGGAGGUGAGCUGCUCUUACAAGGCCCAGUGUUUAUCAAAGAGCCCAGCAACAGCAUUUUUCCUGUUGAUUCAGAGGAUAAAAAAAUAACUUUAAAUUGUGAAGCACGAGGCAACCCUUCACCUCAUUACAGAUGGCAGCUGAAUGGAAGCGAUAUUAACCUGAGUAUGGAGUAUCGUUACAAGUUAAAUGGAGGAAAUCUUGUGGUCAUUAACCCCAACAGAAAUUGGGAUACAGGAAGUUAUCAAUGUUUUGCAACAAAUUCACUUGGAACAAUUGUCAGCAGAGAAGCUAAACUCCAGUUUGCCUAUCUUGAAAAUUUUAAGACCAAAAUGAGAAGUACAGUGUCAGUCCGUGAAGGCCAGGGAGUCGUCCUGCUCUGCGGCCCCCCACCACACUCUGGAGAACUAUCAUACGCUUGGAUCUUCAAUGAGUAUCCAUCCUUUGUGGAAGAAGAUAGUCGGAGAUUUGUGUCUCAAGAGACCGGCCACCUCUACAUAGCGAAGGUGGAGCCGUCUGAUGUAGGAAAUUACACUUGUGUGGUGACAAGUACAGUGACAAACGCCAGAGUGCUGGGCUCCCCAACUCCUUUGGUGCUACGUUCUGAUGGAGUGAUGGGUGAAUACGAACCGAAAAUAGAAGUUCAGUUUCCAGAAACUCUUCCAGCAGCUAAAGGUUCAACUGUGAAAUUGGAAUGUUUUGCCCUUGGAAAUCCUGUACCUCAGAUUAAUUGGAGAAGAAGUGAUGGACUGCCUUUCUCCAGUAAAAUUAAAUUGAGGAAGUUCAGUGGUGUGCUUGAAAUCCCCACCUUCCAACAGGAAGAUGCCGGUUCCUAUGAAUGCAUCGCUGAGAAUUCACGGGGAAGAAAUGUCGCCAGGGGGCGUCUUACCUACUAUGCAAAGCCUCAUUGGGUUCAACUCAUAAAAGAUGUGGAAAUAGCAGUGGAGGACAAUCUUUAUUGGGAAUGCCGGGCCAGCGGUAAGCCCAAACCCUCCUACCGAUGGUUGAAAAAUGGAGAAGCCCUUGUGCUGGAGGAGAGAAUACAGAUAGAAAAUGGAGCCCUUACAAUAUCAAACCUAAAUGUGACUGAUUCUGGCAUGUUCCAGUGCAUAGCAGAAAACAAACAUGGUCUCGUCUAUUCCAGUGCUGAGCUCAAGGUUGUGGCUUCUGCUCCGGAUUUUUCAAAGACUCCAAUGAAAAAGUUGAUUCAGGUGCAGGUGGGCAGCAAUGUCAGCUUGGAUUGUAAACCCAGAGCCUCCCCCAGGGCGCUCUCUUCCUGGAAGAGAGGAGAUGUGCUCGUUCAGGAGAAUGAAAGGAUUUCUUUUUUAAAAGAUGGAGGACUCAAAAUUACCAAUGUGACCAAAGCUGAUGCUGGAAUUUAUACCUGCAUAGCAGAAAACCAGUUUGGGAAAGCAAAUGGCACAACACACCUGGUGGUUACAGAACCAACGAGAAUAACUUUGGCACCAUCUAACAUGGAUGUAUCGGUGGGCGAAAGUGUCAUUUUGCCCUGUCAGGUGCAACACGACCCCAUUUUAGACAUCAUGUUUACCUGGUACUUCAAUGGUGCCCUCACAGAUUUUAAGAAAGAUGGAUCUCACUUUGAGAAAGUUGGUGGGAGUUCAUCAGGCGAUUUAAUGAUCAGAAACAUUCAGUUGAAACACAGUGGAAAAUAUGUUUGUAUGGUGCAGACGGGGGUAGACAGUGUUUCAUCUGCCGCCGACCUCAUAGUUAGAGGUUCACCUGGACCACCGGAAAGUAAGGUAGAUGAAAUUACAGAUACAACAGCUCAACUAUCUUGGAAAGAAGGUACAGACAACCAUAGCCCGGUUAUCGCCUAUUCUGUCCAGGCGCGGACACCGUUCUCUGUGGGUUGGCAGACGGCCUCAACAGUGCCUGAGGUCAUUGAUGGGAAAACGCACACAGCUACGGUGGUCGAGUUAAAUCCGUGGGUGGAAUACGAAUUUCGAAUUGUGGCCAGUAACAAAAUCGGAGGUGGAGAACCCAGUUUACCCUCAGAAAAAGUAAGGACUGAAGAGGCAGUUCCAGAAGUGCCUCCUUCAGAAGUCAGUGGAGGAGGUGGAAGCCGGUCUGAACUGGUGAUAACCUGGGAUCCAGUCCCUGAAGAACUACAGAAUGGUGAAGGUUUUGGUUAUGUUGUUGCUUUCCGCCCACUUGGAGUUACCAACUGGAUCCAGACAGUGGUCACAUCUCCUGAGACCCCAAGAUAUGUCUUCAGGAAUGAAAGCAUCCUGCCCUUUUCACUGUAUGAAGUUAAAGUGGGUGUUUAUAACAACAAAGGUGAAGGACCAUUUAGCCCAGUGACCACAGUAUUCUCUGCAGAAGAAGAGCCUACAGUAGCUCCGUCUCAAGUCUCUGCAAAUAGCCUGUCUUCCUCAGAAAUUGAGGUUUCCUGGAACACCGUUCCUUGGAAGUUGAGCAAUGGACAUUUACUUGGCUAUGAGGUGCGGUACUGGACUAAUGGAGGAGAAGAGGAAUCAUCCAGCAAAGUGAAAGUGGCAGGAAAUGUGACGUCGGCCAGACUCCGCAGCUUGAAGAGCAACUUGGCCUAUUUCACUGCUGUCCGGGCUUACAACAGCGCUGGUGCUGGUCCCUUUAGCGCCACGGUUAACGCAACCACCAAGAAAACUCCUCCCAGUCAGCCACCAGGAAAUGUUGUUUGGAAUGCUACAGACACGAAAGUGUUACUUAAUUGGGAGCAAGUUAAAGCCAUGGAGAAUGAAUCAGAAGUAACAGGAUAUAAAGUUUUCUAUAGGACUAGCAGUCAAAAUAAUGUGCAAGUGCUGAACACAAAUAAAACUUCAGCUGAACUUUUGCUGCCCAUUAAAGAGGACUACAUUAUUGAAGUUAAGGCCACAACGGAUGGAGGGGAUGGGACCAGUAGUGAACAGAUCAGGAUUCCAAGGAUAACCAAUGUGGAUGCAAGAGGUUGCACUUCCGCCCUCCCCAAUGUCCACCCUGUGUCAAGUUAUAUCUCUGUAGUACUGUUCUUUAUUGUAAACGCCCUGUGGUGAUACUAACAUUUUUUUUAUUAUUAUUUACUAGAAAAUCAAUGGGUUACAAAAAAAGUGCUUUCAUGAAAUGCAGUGAUUAUGCAUGUUUUUUUCCAACUCUGUAUUUUUAACUUUCUACAUAGGUAAAAUAUGAAUAGAAUUUUAAAAACCCAUAAAUCCUUUUAGGAGACUCUGAAAUGCCUUAAUAUUUACUUGAUAAACCAAAGGAAUUUACAUAUUACAUACUUCAGAUUUUUGAUAUAGACAUUCUUAAGCUAUGGUUUUAAGCACUGCCUAUGGAUAAAGACUCACAUGGUCCCACAUGUACACACUCACACACACGUGCACAUGUACUUUUCUUUUUGUUAAUGCAGAAAAACUCAUUUAAUCUAAAUGCUGUGUUCCCGUUAUAACAUCACUGGAAGACGCAAGGAGUAUUAUUUUGAAAUGUUCAUUUGAAAUCCUCAAGGGUGAAAAAUACAUUUUGAAAAUUACCCUGUUUGAGAGAGGGUGCAUGUGAUUCAAAAGAGUGUUGUUGGAAGAUGUUACACUGGAGUUGGGAAGAGGCCGUUUUGUUCAGACAAACUGCUGAAUCGUUGUGAGGUUCUUUACAAAUCACUUUGCUCCCUCUACUUCUCAAUUAUUCGUCCAUAAAAUGUGGACAUAAUAAUACCCGUCUUAUCUGCCUCAGCCCCAUGAAUUACUUGCUAAAAGUUAAAGAAGGAAAUGUGAAACUCCUUUGUUACCCCUAGUGUGCUCAAUCUGUACAAAAUAAUAGUAUGGGUUUAUUUAAUAUAAAAGUCCUGAGGAUCACCACGUUUUUAAAGUUUCCACUCCAUUCUAGGAAAUGCUUUUCUUUUUCAUUCAAUGAUAUUAUAUCAUUGCAAACGAUCAUGUUUUAUCCCUUCUCAAAAGUUUUAAAAAGGAAAGUAACAUAAAAAAGAAUAGUUUUCUUCAAACCUAUGAACGAACAUUCAGGUUUUAUUAAGAGAUGGUGGAGAAAGUAAAGAACAACCUGAAUCUUAACCCAAAUUCACAUGAUCCUUCAUUUCCAAUUUCUGAUUCUAUUAAGUGACCGGCUCUUUUUUGGAUGGGGGAGAUGGGUUUUUAAUGAAAUCCACCUGUCAGUCAGAGUGAGGCUGGCAGGCUUUUCCGUUCCUGAGUUAUAUCUGGAGUAGAACCAUGGUGAUGCUGCUGACUUCGAUAUGUAUGACUCAUUCUCUCCGUGUGUGCUGUUCAGAGAGUUGCCCAAGACAUGACUUCAUAGCAAUAUGUAAAGAAUGUAUGAAAAUUGGCAGAUUGAGUGUUAUAGACAUUGCAAAAUCCAUUUUUAACCUCUUUCCUCCCAAUUUCACAUUUUGCAGGAACUUGUUCUUCUUUGCCAAGAUAUCUGAAUUUGAAACCAACAGUUCAGAUAUCAAAGAAGAAUACAUUAGCAAAAUUCUGAUAAUCACCAUAAAGUGUUACUUUACAUUGAGAGAUUACUUUUAAGAUCAAGUCAUUAGACACAAAGGAGAAAAAUAUUUAUAGCUUUCUCUGCAAGGACUGUACAUACUGUGUAUAUAUAUAUAUAGAAAAAUUCUGAAUGACAAGUAGAUUUCAUAUGACCAUUGUUAUUUCUGGUCAAAAAUUGGAGAAACAUUUUCUCCAAAACCUGUAUUUUAUGCUACAUGUAAUGGAGUGGUACCUUUUUAUGAUUUAGUGAUUCCUAUAAUAUGUUCCUAUACUUUUUAUUUUCAAGACAAUUACUCUAUUGUUUCAUGGCAUUUCUAAAAAUAUAUCUCCAUGAGAUAUGUACUUUGUUUCAUAUUGAAAAGUAUAAAAUUUAUCUUUAAAUUCCUGUGUGUGUAUCCUAUGGUUAUCUGUAUGUAUUUUUUUUAUUAUUCUAA